AUGUUUUUAAAUAAAAAGUAAAGCAUCAAAAGUAUUUAUCUUUAGAACUUUUUAGUUAACAGGAAUACAAAUAAAAAUUAGACUUUAGAUAACCAACAAUUUAGUGAUAAAUUAUAAAAAUUAUAUGAUAAAGCUUAAGAAGAAAAUUCUAAAAAUUAUAAAAUAAAUAUUAAAACACUUCAUCAAAUGCUUAGUCAAUAUUUUUAGUAUAGUUUAUCAGAAUAUUUUAUAUUUACUAAAAAAUAUAAAAAAGCUGCUGAAAUUUUAACAGAUUUAUAUGAAAAUAGCUAAACCAUGACAUCCAAUUUACCUUUCAGAAUAGUUUUUAAGCUAAAGCAAAUUUUUGAUGUUUAAAAUAUUGAAGACUUUAUUCUAUACGAUGAGUAUUCUAGGUUUAAUAAAAGUUUAUCUUUGCAAAUAGCUAUUUGCUUGGAAAAAAAAAGCAAAUAAGAUUUUCCAUAUGAAAGAAAUAAUAAUUCUUAAAAUUAGAAUUCAAAUUCAAAUUAUAACUUAAUUAAUAAAAUAAAAGAUCUUUCUAAUAACUAAAAUUUGUUUUUAAAAUAAUUAUGUGAUGUAAUGAAAAAUGUAUUGUUUAGAACAUAAAAUUGA